AUGGAAGCUGUCGCCUCACCGCUCGCCGUCUUGCCGCCUCGCGCUCGCCACCUCGUCUCCUCGCCGUCGAAACUAAUCCCCCCUGCUGUCGCCGGAAAUUUUUCGAAGAAAAAGGUUGAGAUGAUGGCCGCUGUACCUUCGUCAGACCACUGCUCAUCUUUUUCAUCAACUUCGUCCUCCACUUAUUCGAUUGGGUUUCAUCAGCUUCACAAAAAUGUUUCUUGUUCAGUGACUCCUCAGAAGAAAUUGGGCCCAAAAGCUUAUAAUCUGCAAUCCAAGUGCAGCUCUUUGUCUGAUGUGAUUGCCAUGCAAGAUGGUGUUGUGGCUACUAAAAAGGCUACAAGCAAUGAAGCUUCUCAUGUGAAACCGAAAGAGGGCUUGAUAUCCAUUUCAUCUCCAGAGGACCCAAGCAAAAAGCUGCAAGAUGCAGAUGUAAAUGGCGAUAACUCUACCACUGUUAGUAUUACUGUUGUAGGGGCUUCUGGAGACCUUGCCAAGAAAAAGAUAUUUCCUGCCCUUUUUGCACUUUAUUACGAGGACUGCCUUCCUCAGCACUUUACUAUCUUCGGUUAUGCUCGUAGUAAUAUGACUGAUGCAGAACUACGAAAUAUGGUUAGCAAGACACUAACUUGCAGAAUAGAUAAGAGGGAAAAUUGUGGAGAAAAGAUGGAACAGUUCUUGAAAAGAUGUUUCUACCACUCUGGUCAAUAUGAUUCUUUGGAAAAUUUUGUGGAGCUUGAUGCGAAGCUCAAGGAGCAUGAGGAUGGAAGGGUUUCAAACCGGCUAUUUUACUUAUCAAUCCCACCAAACAUAUUUGUUGAUGCUGUGAAAUGUGCCAGUCUCUCUGCCUCGGCGUCUAAUGGUUGGACUCGAGUCAUUGUUGAGAAACCUUUCGGGCGUGAUUCCGAAUCCUCAGCUGCUUUGACUUGUGCUCUAAAGCAAUACUUAGAGGAGGAUCAAAUUUUCAGGAUAGAUCAUUACCUUGGUAAAGAGCUUGUGGAGAAUCUUUCAGUCCUACGUUUCUCAAAUCUUAUAUUUGAGCCCCUAUGGUCGAGGCAAUAUAUAAGAAAUGUUCAGUUGAUUUUCUCAGAGGACUUCGGCACCGAAGGAAGAGGAGGAUAUUUCGAUCAUUACGGGAUAAUUAGAGAUAUUAUGCAAAAUCAUCUGCUCCAAAUACUAGCCCUAUUUGCCAUGGAGACACCCGUCAGUUUGGACGCUGAAGAUAUCAGAAAUGAAAAGGUUAAGGUUUUGCGCUCCAUGAGGCCUCUAAGUGUUGAUAAUGUCGUCAUAGGACAGUACAAAAGUAACACACGUGGAGGUGUCUCUCACCCUGGAUACACUGAUGACAAAACAGUGCCGAAAGACAGUUUAACCCCAACUUUUGCUGCGGCUGCACUCUUUAUAGAUAAUGCAAGAUGGGAUGGGGUGCCUUUCCUAAUGAAAGCAGGGAAAGCCUUACAUGAUAAGAGGGCUGAAAUACGUGUGCAGUUUAGACAUGUUCCUGGUAAUUUAUACAACCGGAACGUUGGUACUGAUCUGGACCGAGCGACAAAUGAGCUCGUGAUUCGUAUUCAACCUGACGAAGCUAUUUAUCUGAAGAUCAAUAACAAAGUUCCAGGAUUGGGGAUGAGAUUGGACCGAAGUAAUCUUAAUCUUCUUUAUAAUGCAAGAUACUCGAAAGAGAUACCAGAUGCGUACGAGAGACUUCUUCUAGACGCGAUCGAAGGUGAAAGGAGACUUUUUAUUAGGAGUGAUGAAUUAGAUGCUGCUUGGAGGCUCUUCACACCUGUUUUGAAAGAGCUCGAAGAAAGGAAAAUAAUCCCAGAGUACUAUCCUUAUGGGAGUCGAGGUCCAGUUGGAGCUCAUUACCUUGCAGCCCGAUACAAUGUUAAGUGGGGUGAUGUUGGCAUCGAUGACUGA